UGGGUGAUCCCAAUAUGUACUUCCUACUGAAUUGGUGAACUUGUUUUUAGGAAUGUUGUGUUGCUCAAUGAAGUAUAUAUUGUCAUCCGCUGUCCCUUUCGGUCCAGUUUUGAACCACCAGUGUAGCACACACAAAAGUUGUUCAAUUCUUGUACCCCAUCUUCCGCUUGAUUUCUCGCGUUGCAUCGCUUGAGACUAUACCUAUCUUAAUACAGCCGGACUACAAAGGAACCCCUAUUCCCCCUGCCAGCAGUAGAAUCAGAAUCGGAACCAAACUACAAAUCACCUUAGUCACUCGAAGUCGCUUUUGCAAAAUCAACACAAUGAAGAACGUUUUCGCCAUCCUUUUCCUGGCCCUCGUCAGCUCUUUCGUGACGGGCUUGCCAGCGGUUGCUAACGAGAGGAGGGCCAUCUCGACUAAUGCAUUUGAAAUUGCAGCUCGAGCGUUGGAGUUGGUACCCCGAGUUAAGAUGGGAAGCAGGGCUUCUAACUUCACCGAGAACAUCCCCAGGUCUCUAGGUGCGAGACAAGGAAACGGUACAUCGUCGUUCGGAGGAAGCGGAAGCGGAAGCGGAAGCGGAAGCGGAAUUGGGAACGGCGCUCGUUCUCUGGUCCCAAGAGCCCUUAACUCUUCGGAUAGCAGUGAUAUCUCCUCGCUAUUCGGACGUAAGGUCAACAACACCGAUGCCGGAACCGAGAAGCGCACCCCUGGAGUCAAGCGAGUCCACGUUGGCGCUCGCGCUUUCAACGAGACCGGUGCCUAGAUGCACUUAGCCCAGCAUGCGCAGGUCAUGCAAUGGAAGUUAUGGUGGAAUUAAUGGUACGCGACUAGCAGUCUGCACGUUGGAACGAAGACGAAAAGACGAAAGGACGAGAUGAAGAAGCAGUGUCGCCCGGCUCGCGGCUUUAACUUGAGCUGGGCUUCAGGACAGAUUUUACCCCGGGAGGGGAUCUAGAUAGAUUUGAUUUUUAGUUAGGUAACCCAAGUCAAUCCUUUGGAACUAUGGCGCAAAGCGUAGUUUUACCACGUUAUCAAGAUAUUAGCCCCAUUGUCAUGCCUUUUGUGAUAUGUAUCACCAGCUUCCAAGUGAUGUGCGUUUCUAUGAACCCAACAUAUCUAGCGUGAGCGGUACAUUCGGCAGAUCAGGCCUAGAUCUGAGAUCUAGAUAUUAUGGUCCCUACUUAUCUAGGCAGGUAGUUACGCGUAGCAUGUGAUCGUGACGAAAUUCGAGAAAUGGGAUAUAAAAUGAAUAAUAUUAAGA